GAGAGAACAUUGAAAUUAUUCUCUAAGCUAUUUGAAGAGAGUGACUAAAUGCACCUGGGUCAGGCUGUCUGUGGGUAUGAAGUGGUUGGGAGAAUCCAAGAACAUGGUGGUGAAUGGCAGGAGGAAUGGAGGCAAGUUGUCUAAUGAACAUCAGCAGAAUCAAUCAAAGUUACAGCACACGGGAAAGGACACCGUGAAGGCUGGCAAAAACGCAGUCGAGAGGCGGUCAAGCAGAUGUAAUGGUAAUUCAGGAUUUGAAGGACAGAGUCGAUAUGUACCAUCUUCUGGAAUGUCUGCCAAGGAGCUCUGUGAAAAUGAUGACCUAGCAACCAGUUUGGUUCUUGAUCCCUAUUUAGGUUUUCAAACACACAAAAUGAAUACUAGCGCCUUUCCUUCGAGAAGCUCAAGGCAUUUUUCCAAAUCUGACAGUUUUCCUCACAACAACCCUGUGAGAUUUCGGCCUAUUAAAGGAAGACAAGAAGAGCUAAAGGAAGUAAUUGAGCGUUUUAAGAAAGACGAGCACUUGGAGAAAGCUUUCAAAUGUUUGACUUCAGGCGAAUGGGCACGGCACUAUUUUCUCAACAAGAGCAAGAUGCAGGAGAAGUUAUUCAAGGAACAUGUGUUCAUUUACUUGCGAAUGUUUGCAACUGACAGUGGAUUUGAAAUAUUGCCUUGUAAUAGAUACUCAUCUGAACAAAAUGGAGCUAAAAUAGUUGCAACAAAAGAGUGGAAACGAAAUGACAAAAUAGAAUUACUGGUGGGUUGUAUUGCCGAACUUUCAGAAAUUGAGGAGAACAUGCUACUUAGACAUGGAGAAAACGACUUCAGUGUCAUGUAUUCCACAAGGAAAAACUGUGCCCAGCUCUGGCUUGGUCCUGCUGCAUUUAUAAACCAUGAUUGCAGACCUAACUGCAAGUUUGUGUCAACUGGUCGAGAUACAGCGUGUGUGAAGGCUCUAAGAGAUAUUGAACCUGGAGAAGAAAUUUCUUGUUAUUAUGGAGAUGGGUUUUUUGGAGAAAAUAAUGAGUUCUGCGAGUGUUACACUUGCGAAAGACGGGGAACUGGUGCUUUUAAAUCCAGAGUGGGACUGCCUGCGCCUGCUCCUGUUAUCAACAGUAAAUACGGACUCAGAGAGACAGAUAAACGCUUAAAUAGGCUUAAAAAGUUAGGUGACAGCAGCAAAAAUUCAGACAGUCAAUCUGUCAGCUCUAACACUGAUGCAGACACCACUCAGGAAAAAAACAACGCAACUUCUAGCCGCAAAUCUUCAGUUGGUGUGAAAAAGACCAGCAAGAGCAGAACAUUACCGAGGCAGUCUAUGUCCAGAAUCCCAGCUUCUUCCAACUCUACCUCAUCUAAGCUAACUCAUGUAAAUAAUUCCAGGGUACCAAAGAAACCGAAAAAGCCUGCAAAGCCUUUACUCUCUAAGAUAAAAUUAAGAAAUCAUUGCAAACGGCUGGAGCAGAAGAGUGCUUCGAGAAAACUCGAGAUGGGAAACUUAGUACUGAAGGAGCCUAAAGUCGUUCUGUAUAAAAAUUUGCCCAUCAAAAAAGAUAAGGAGCCGGAGGGACCAGCACAAGCCGCAGUGGCCAGUGGGUGCUUAACCAGACACGCAGCAAGAGAGCACAAACAGAGCGCUGGGCAGGGCGCCCCCCACGGGGAGGGCGCCCCCAGCACAUACACAACCAGGCGGUCUGCGAGGACACGAAUGGAUUCGAAGGAGACCUCUGACAUCAAGCUUGAACCAAAUACGUUGGACGGCUGUAAAGACAGCUUGGCGGAAGCUCGCCUGGAUGGUGGCGAGCAGCCAGCUCCUACGGUGCAGGAUGAAGAACUGGCCCACGACACUGCCCCAAUCAGGGAAGCAAAGUGUCCUAAGAGUGACAACAGCAUUGCAAAAAAGAAGUCACGACAAGGAAAACUUGUGAGACAGUUGGCCAAAGCAGAGGAGCCCACCCCGCUGCACGCUUCCCCAGGAGGGGCCGGGGCCGGGCCAGAUGCGAUGUCCCACCCCGCCCAGGGCGGGCACAGCGGCGCGGAGGGCUCGCCCGGGAGCUACGGGGACUGGGCCCCUUGCCCCGUUGACGGCUCCGUCGUGGCAGCGGAGAGCUUCAGAGCAAGAGACGGCUGCAGAACUGCAAAGAGUAAAAAGAAGAGGCGGAUCACAAGGUACGACGCGCAGCUGAUCCUGGAAAACAACUCCGGGAUCCCCAAAUUGACUCUUCGCAGGCGUCACGACAGCAGCAGCAAGACCAACGACCCAGAGAACGACGGGGUGAAUUCUUCAAAAAUAAGCAUCAAGUUAAGUAAAGACCACGAAAAUGAUAAUAAUCUCUAUGUAGCAAAGCUCAAUAAUGGAUUUAACUCAGGAUCAGGCAGUAGUUCCACAAAAUUGAAAAUCCAGCUAAAGCGGGACGAGGAGGGUAGGGGUUCAUACCCAGAGGGGCUUCAUGAAAACGGGGUGUGCUGUAGCGACCCUCUGUCCCUGCUGGAGUCCCGCAUGGAAGUCGACGACUACAGUCAGUACGAGGAAGAAAGUACAGGUGACUCCUCCUCUUCCGGGGGGGAGGGGGAGGGGGAGGACUAUGAUGAUGACUUUGAAGAUGAUUUUAUUCCUCUUCCUCCGGCCAAGCGAUUGAGGCUAAUAGUUGGGAAAGACUCUAUAGAUAUUGACAUUUCUUCCAGGAGAAGAGAAGAUCAGUCUUUGAGGCUUAACGCGUAAGCUCUCGGUCUUAAUUCGACCGGGGAUAACUACUUUAAAGAAAUAAAAAAUUCCAGUCGAUUAUUCCUCAACCGAAACGUUUUAGCGGCAGCACUUCUCUCGUUUCUUCACGUAACAGCGUAAUACUGUAGAAAGUGUACAGCGUACUGACUCUUCUUAAGUCUGAUUUGUGCAGAUUUUUAUUGUACUUUUUAAAUAGCCUUCUUACGUGCAAUUCCGAGUUAGAGGGAAAGCCCCGUUGUAAAAUAAAGGCUCAAGCAAAACUGUACAGCGAUAGCAACUUUCCACCCAGGACGUUGAAAACAAUAAUGUGGCUACACAAUUUUUUUUAACCUAAGAGCAUCAGCCGGCUCUUUAAUAUAUGACUAAAUAAUUCAAAACAAAUCAUAGUGGCAGCAUAUUAAGGUUUCCUAGUAUAUGCUAAUAUCACCAGCAAUGAUCUUUGGCUUUUUGAUUUAUUCGCUAGAUGUUUCCCCCUUGGAGUUUUGUCAGUUUCACACUGUUUGCUGGCCCAGGUGUCCUGUUUGUGGCCUUGGUUACAUAGCAAACCAUCGGUCGGGAGUCAGAUCGGUUUUCUUUAAAAAAAAAAAAAGUACAAUUACAAGCGUGACAGCUAACUUUUCAGUACGUUCUCUGUACGAGGGUGGCAGUGUGCAGGAUGAGUUUCGAUGCAGCGUAUUUAUUGCUUGUCAUGUAAAUUAAAGACCUUGUAUUUAACACUUUUCAACCCUUUUAGAUAAAAUUGUUCUUUGCAAGAAUGAUUGGUGCUUAUUUUUUCAAAAAUUUGCUGUGAACAAUGUGAUGACAACAAGCAACAUUUAUCUAAUGAACUACAGCUAUCUUAAUUUGGGUCUUCAAGUUUUCUGUUGCACUUGUAAAAUGCUACAAGGAAUAUUAAAACUCUAUUCACUUUAACUUAUAAUAGUUUAUGAAAUAAAAACAUGAGUCACAGCUUUUGUUCUGUGGUAACCUAUAAAAAUGUUGUCUUUGAAAUUCAAUGUAAAGAACUGAAAACAAUGUAUAUGUUGUAAAUA